AUGAAAUCUAAAUCGCAUUUAUCAACCUAUUUUAAAAAUUCUGGAGAAUCGGGAACAAGCGGUUUAACAUUAUCAUCUCCCGGCUCUGUUGUUGGCAGUCAAAUCACUUCAAAUGGAAGUUCAACAACAGCAGCAGCAGCAGCUGCUGCUUCCGUUCAGGCUACUCUGGCAGCUUUGCAAGCAAAUCAAUUAAGUUUAAACCAGUUAAUGAAUUUGAAUGCGGCACAAGAGCAACAACUGUUUUUACAAAACCAAAUAGCAGCGGCAGCAGCAGCAGGUCAAAUUCCAUCCUUGCCAAAUUUAUCCAAUUUGGGAUCUCAAGAACUUCAAGCACUACAGCAAACAUUACAACAAAAUUUAACGCAAUUGCAACAAUUUGUUUUGUUUCAACCCGGAGCCGGAAAUCAACUCCAUCCACAAGCUCAGUUUUUUUUACAAAAUCAGGUUCAACAAGCAAUUGCACAACAGUUACAACAACUUCAGAAACACCAACAACAGCAACAACAACAGCAGCAGCAGCAACAGCAAGAUCAUGCAUCUUUAGGUAGUCCUCAUAGCAAUCCACCAACACCUCAAAGUAAUUCUCACUUAUCGCACUGCCAUCCUCAAACUCAAACUUCCCUUCAUUCGUCUUCUUCAUCGUCAAAUAACAACUUAUUGAAUUUGGCUCCGAUCGGUUCGUCUGUAGGAAACAGUAGCAUCAAAACUCCGCAGCCUCCUCGCGUUUUAGAAUCUGCGAUAGAGGAGACUACAGAUUUGGAAGAAUUAGAACAAUUUGCUAAAACUUUUAAGCAAAGAAGAAUAAAAUUGGGUUUUACACAGGGCGACGUCGGCUUGGCCAUGGGAAAGCUUUACGGAAAUGAUUUUUCACAGACAACAAUCUCCAGGUUCGAAGCGUUAAAUUUGUCAUUUAAAAAUAUGUGCAAGUUAAAACCUUUGCUUCAAAAAUGGCUCGAAGAUGCCGACAGUUCAUUGACCAAUCCAAAUUCUUUAACGAAUCCUUUAACCACGCCCGAGGCCAUAGGACGUCGCAGAAAAAAACGAACGAGUAUCGAGACCACGGUUCGCGUGGCAUUAGAAAAAGCUUUUUUGCAAAAUCCAAAACCGACUUCGGAAGAAAUAGCCGUUUUAGCUGAUAAUUUAACGAUGGAAAAGGAAGUUGUCAGAGUUUGGUUUUGCAAUAGAAGGCAAAAAGAGAAAAGAAUAAAUCCGCCUACGUCGGCUUUGGGUAGUCCGACAGGCGGAAGUCCAAACAUGUUUUCAUUAGGAAAUCUACCAAUUAGCUUAGUUAACACCACGCAUUCCUUCGGAGCCAACAAUCAGGGGAAUGGAAAAAACGAAUGA